UCUAAGAAAUGCUUUGAAUAACAAGGUAGAUCUGAGCCUACGUCAUGCAGCAUCUUCUCACAGAACACAAGCGUGGGCGCUACGGAUUUGCUCACUGACGGAAGGGAAGCUUCCGCCAUGGCACGCCACUCAUAAAUAUGCACCGUCGGCCGCCCCUCCGCUCCUCAGUAGUCAGUACCACAAACACAUCGGCAGGGAGGAAGGAUCCAAUGGAGUCGUCGUCGGUGGCGGUGGUGGCGGUGCCGUUCCCGAUGCAGGGCCACCUGAACCAGCUGCUGCACCUGUCGCUGCAGCUCGCGUCGGAGCCUCACGGCCUGGACCUGCACUACGCGGCGCCCGCGGCGCACGUCCGCCAGGCGCGCGCGCGCGUGCACGGCUGGGACGACGCGGCGCUCCGCUCCGUCCACUUCCACGAGCUCGACAUCCCCGCGUUCGCCGCCCCGCCGCCCGACCCGGACGCCGCCUCGCCCUUCCCCACCCACAUCAUGCCCAUGUUCGAGGCCUACGUCGCCGGCGCGGCCGCCCCGCUCGCCGCGCUCCUCCGGGACCUCUCCGCGUCCCGCCGCCGCGUGGUCGUCCUGCACGACGUCCUCAACGCCUUCGCCGCCGUCGAGGCGGAGCGGCUGCCCAACGGCAACGGGGAGUCCUUCGGGCUCUACUGCGGCGCCGUCUCGUACAUGGUCGGCAUGGUGUUCGCCGGGCACCGCCUCCUGCGGGACGCCGGCCUCGAGUACGCCCCCAUGGACAGGUACGUGUCCAGGGAGUUCAUGGAGUGCGCCAAGAAGCAGUCCAGCAUGGCGCAAUCGGUCUCGCGCGGCGGCGGCAUGGUCGCAAACACGUGCCGCGCGCUCGAGGGCGAGUUCGUCGACGCCUUCGCCGAGACCCUCGCCGCCGUCGGCCAGAGGAUCUACGCCGUCGGGCCGUUGAGCCCCCUGCUUGAGCCGGACCGGAUCGACGCGAAGCAAGGGCGACACGAGUGCCUGGACUGGCUCGACAAGCAGCCGGCAGCGUCGGUGCUCUACGUGUCGUUCGGCUCGACGUCCUCACUCCGAGGGGAGCAGGUCACGGAGCUCGCCGCGGCGUUGAAGGGCAGCAAGCACCGCUUCAUCUGGGUGCUGCGCGACGCCGACCGCGGCAGCGUGUCCACGGACGAUGCCGAAAGCCGCCGGCACGCGAGGCGGGCGUCCGAGUUCGCCGAGCAGGCCAGGGGCACGGGGCUCGUGAUCACCGGGUGGGCGCCGCAGCUGGAGAUCCUGGCGCACCCGGCCACGGCGGCGUUCAUGAGCCACUGCGGCUGGAACUCGACCGUGGAGAGCAUGAGCCACGGCAAGCCGAUCCUCGCGUGGCCGAUGCACUCCGACCAGCCGUGGGACGCCCAGUUCGUCGAGAAGUACCUCGGGGCCGGCCUCCUGGUGAGGCCGUGGGAGAAACACGGCGAGGUGACGCCGGCGGCGACUAUACAGCAGGCGAUCGAAACGGCGAUGGUCGGCGAGGAAGGGCUAGCGAUGAGGCGGCGCGCCAUGGCGCUCGGGGAGGCCGUUCGCGCCUGCGCGGCUGCAGGCGGCUCAUCGCGCAAGGAUUUGCAGGAUUUCACUGCUCACCUCACUAGGUGAUGGAAUAUCGUGCGUCUUUUUCUUUUUUUUUCUUUUUCUCUUUCUGAUAACACUUCUCACCUUAACUAGGUGAUACAAGUGUAAUAAAGAAGACAAGUACUUCCUGCGUCUCAAAUCGUACUCCCUCUUUCCUAAAAUAUAAUGCAUGAAUUUUGACUUUGCAGUGUAGAUCUUUGACCACUAAUAGCUCUACCUCUCCACCUACUAAUAAAAAGUCAUUGCUUGUGGUCGUUCGUCA